UUAUAAUUUACGGUUUUACGAGUGUAAAAAAUUGCCUACAUUUUAAUUUUAUAUUGUAAUUCGAAAUCUUUGUUCAAUUUUACUCACAAUUUUCAAUUAACACUAUCCAUUUGAUGUAUAAAGUGUAAUAUUUUUGGUUAUCUUUUUGUUUUCAUGAUACUUGAUAGUGAUAAGUUUUCUGCAACUGCAGUGUAUAAUUUUGAUUGCGUCAUGUAUUCAAGACGUAUCAGAAGCAAAUGUAUAUUCAUCUAACUUAUUAAUUUCUUUAGUGAAUUCUAUAAAUAUUCUACAUAAUCUCGUUUCUGUUAUUUGACAAAUGUAGUAAUAUGGGCGGACAAGAUUUUUCAUUGAUAUUUCUGUAAAUAUUAAAAUUUAAAAAAAUUUGGUACAAAAUAUGACUAAAUGAUAUAAUUUGUUUAUUGCCGCAUAAAGAUGGAAGAAGAUGAUCUUAAUCUUUGUUGGGAAGAUUCUGAUAUCAAACCUAACAUUGUUGCUAGUGAAGAAGUAAUAUGUGGCCUUGAAAAUGUACAAAAUGUGCAGUACAGCAACAUGAGCAAUGAAGAAAUAAUAGCUCAUUCUGACCAUACAAUAGCUGCAGAAAAUCUGGUAUAUCUAUCUCAAGAUGUGAGCUACAUGGUGACAGCCGACCUGGCUGUAGACCCAAGUGUAGAAUGUGUUACUGAGGAAGUUAUAACCGAUGACUGGGUCAUUGGAGGUGGACAAGACAGAGUGGAGGUACCCAUGGAACAACUAGUCGCACCUAUAUGUGAUAUCAAAUUAGAGAAUGACCUAGAUGUGCCUUUGCCAACAGAUCAGGAUGAAUACACGGCAAUGCGUCCGUUCCCUUGUGACUUCUGUUCACGGCGGUUCCGUAAGAAGGCGGCUCUAAUGAACCACAUGGUCGCCCACCAGAACGACCGACCUCACGUAUGUAACCUGUGUGGAGUGAGAUAUGUUCGGAAGUGUGAUCUCAUGAACCAUCUAAAAGUACAUGCAUAUAUACCCGAUGAUGCGCAGUAUGGUAAUAGUGAAAUACUGCAAGAUGAUACCCUCAUAAAACCAAGAAAGAAGAGGGGGAGACGAAAAAAGAAGGAGGCGGAAGAGAAUGGCGUAACAGAGCACAUGACGUCGGCGCGGACGCAGCAGUGGUCGCGGCGGGGUCGUACGAAGCCCCCGUCGCCCCCCUCGCCCCCCUCGCCCCCCUCGCCCCCCUCGCCCUCCCUGUCCCCCUCUCCUUCUCCCUCGCCCCCCGUCUCGCCUCCCUCCGCGCCCCCUUCACCUCCCGCGCCCCUCGACCCGUCGAGACCCUUCGUCUGCAGACACUGUGGGGUUGGAUUCGCAAGGGAAAAGGCGCUUCAGUCGCAUGCCCGGAUCCACGGCGGCGACUCUCCGAUCGAGUGCAACGAAUGUGGCGAGCUGUGUUGGUCGCGGGAGGCGCUUGUGUCGCACGCGGCCGGCCGGCACCCGAACCUGCCUGCGCGCUCGCGGGCCCCGCGCGACCCCUACAGCGACAACUCGGGCGAUGAUAUGGACUUCCGACUGUCACCGCUGAGUCAAGACCGCGAUCAUCGGGAGAGAGUGCGCGAGCGGGGCGUCAUGGACAAAGUGAGAGGGCCCGAGCUGUUUUGUGAAGACUGCGGCGUGGCCUUCCAGCGCGUCGACCUUCUGCGGAGACACGUCACGGCUGCGCACAGCUACAAGCGUCACGACAGCGCGAGCAGCACGUGGGCAGAGCACGAGCACACGUGCGACGUGUGCGGCGAGAGUUGUCCCGACGCGCUGCAGCUGCUAGCGCACGCCGAGAGACACGCCGAGAGGCCGCGACCCGCCGCCUCCAGGUUUAAAAAAUCGUCGAAGAAUCGGAAUACACCAUCGUCGAAUAGCGGAAAACAGUUUCCCUGUAGAGAAUGUGGCAAGGUGUUCGGUUCCCGCAGCUCGCAGCAGAUCCACGUGCGCAUCCACACGGGCGAGAGGCCCUACGCCUGCCGCUUCUGCUGGAAGGCUUUCGCGGACGGCGGGACCCUUCGCAAGCACGAGCGGAUACACACCGGUGAAAAGCCAUACGCUUGCGCCGUGUGUCCGCGCGCGUUUAACCAGCGCGUGGUUCUGCGGGAGCAUGUUCGCUCUCAUCACUCCGCACCUGACCGCAGGAACGGCGCAUACCAGUACACGUGCGCCGUGUGCAGCCGCUCGCUGCCCUCUAGCGGCGAGCUGGUACAACACCUGAUACGUCACUGCGACGAGAACACGGCUAUGAAGAGAAUGCCGCUGGCCGGUCCACGCAAGUAUAAACGCCGGCGGAAGAUGAAGACUGAGUCAUCCCCCGAGCGCGACUUGAAGAUGGAGCCGCGCUCACCGUCGCCCCGGCCCCCGCUGGAGCCCCGGCCCCCGCCCGCGCCCCGGGCCCCGCCCGCGCCCGUCGCCCCGGCGCCCGCUCGCCGGCGGAGGCGCGCGCCGCCGGCCAAGAGGCCGCGGAUGAUACACACCUCCGAGGAGACGAGGGCUAAGAACAAGCAGGGUCGUCCGCGUCGAACACCGCGUCACCCGGCCGAUGAUUUACGCGUCAUAGCGGAGACUGUUCCCUCCGCAUCUCCCGGGUACUCCCCCGCGCACUCUCCUCCCCCAGCAGACAGCGCCCACGAGGGACCCUUCAAAUGCGAGAUGUGCUCGCUGGAGUUCUCACAUCGGGACGCCCUGCUACUGCACGUGCCAAUACAUAUAUGACAAAAGAAGAAACGCACGCUCCGAACGAAACAGUGCACUUAACAUACACAAAACUAGCUGCAACACUGUGAAGUCCACAGGUGAUAGCUAGUUAGUGAUGUGUAGGCCGCUAGAUAGCAGUGUACUUACACUGCUGUGUUCCCGUUGGGAGGGUAUGUCAAAAGUCUCACGGUUGUGGACGCAGUGUGGUGUGGUGGGAUCAUGUUGCAUUAGCUACGCUUUAGAUGAUUUUGUAUUGCGUUACAACUGAGAUCAUGUUGACAUUUAACAUCAUAGUGGUUGAUCUACCCGUUCCGUCAAUAUUAUGUUCACGCACAGUACCAGUAACAUUGAGUGCAAUAAUUAUAUUAGUACUAUAUUGUGUUCUGGGAAUGAUAAUUAAUGUAGUUUAACUCUACGAUCGUUUUUAUGAUCACCUAAUGUAAUUGUUGAUAAAAAUAAUUUGUUUAUAUUUACAUUUUACAAUUGAUUAUUCAUACCCUAAUAAAAUGUAGUCUGAUGUCUAUAAAUAAACUGUGUAUGAAGAA